AUGCAUAGGCCAAUUCCUCUAGACAUAAUAAUCCAGAUUAUUCAGUUUGUUGUAUGGGAAUUGAAGCGAUGCGAAAGAACCCUCCAAGUUGAGCUGUCCAAGGCCAAGUUCCAGAGUGGCGUUGCGAAUGCAUGUAAAGCCUAUCGCGACAUGUACAUGCUCGAAUGGACCCGCUACUUGACCUUACAUAAAGUUGAAGACUGGAAAUUUGCUAUCGAUCACGACUUUGCCUCACAUGUUCGAUCUCUAGUGAUUAAAGAGGACACUUUGCCGUCCUACACCACCGUGAAAGCACACCUCGACUUCUCUCGGUUUGACUUAAUUCAUACCCUAACCCUGGACUGCCACAAUGAUGUUGGACACAGUACUUCACUGGGCUUAAAAGGGCAAUGGUCAUACAAGAAGAUUAUUCCGAACCUCCCGAGAAGGUUGAAAUCACUCGUUAUACUGAAUGCCCAUGGGCCAGAUCUGCAAGUCAUUCAGAAAGUGAUUAAGCAGUGCAGCGGUCUAGAAAGUUUGACACUCGGACGUUGCACCAAAUUUAACCGCCCUGAGGGCUGCGAAUUCUGGCGUAGCUUUCCUAAUGAUCACGACUCGUACUUUUCAAGACAAGGCGUUGAUGGUUAUGCUAAUGCACUCGGUACCGAGCUCCAGGGGUUGCCCAAUCUCAAGGCCAUUUUCGUCAAUGUUUAUUUGACCGAUACGAAAUAUCUGAACGAAGCGAACCUCGAAGCUCCUGCUUCCGUAGUUGAAGCGCCUCAAUUCCCACCCGAAAGCAAUCCGGAGAUUGCAAAUAGAAUUGUCAAAGAUGCGACAAAUAAUCCGACUGGAUUACAGUCGCCCGCGCCCGUUGGAUCUAGAAUGAUGGAACCGGAGAAAAGAGGGACCAAGUGUGAGGAAGAAAAGGCUACAGAAGAAGCUGAGAAUGUGGCGGCCAAAGUCCUAUUUGACUGUCACCCAGCUCUGGAGACCGCCGGGUUUAUUUCCUAUUGGUCCAAAAAUCAUUUGGGAUGGUCAAUCCGGAAACGCAAGGAAGAGAACGAUAAUAAAUCACCUGACCCUGGAGGGGAGCAGGAUGUAAUCGGUACUGUAGAGUUGCUUCAAUCUAUUUAG